AUGAUUUUUAAGGUUUUUAAAAGUGGAUCCCAGAUUCUGCAGGAUUACCAAGACUGCACCACAAAUUUUGCAACACGAAAAAUGAUUAUUUUGUAUUCCUCACAUCUUAAUUUAAAUUUAAAGCACGGCGUUUGCGAAGUGCCAACAAAAAUCUCCUCUUGUCUAAUGCUUGAUCACCCAAAAUCUGGACUUCAUUAUGCUUGCUCAACAAAUGCUAAUUUAGGUGAAGGGGAAUGUGUGGAGAAAAAAUCAAAAACAGGAGCUAAUGUUAAAGUCUGUUCUUGUUAUUCUUCCGAUUUUUGUAAUUUCAAAAUCUGGCCAGAUGGACAGGAAUUGGAAGAACAAAAUAGUAAAAGUGAAGAAGAAGAUGACGAUGAUGGGGAAAAUUCAAAAGAGUAUGAAGAAGAAAAUAAAAAAGGAGAAAUAUUAAAUACAAAUAAUUCAAUUAAUUUAAAAUAUUCUUUUUUAAUUAUUUUUAUUUUAAAUUUAUUUUUUUAUUUUAUUUUAAUUAAAAAUUAA